GACGGCGCUCAACACGGCGGCGCGCGACGGCCGCGUCGACGCCGCCUGCCUGCCUGCUGCUCGCCCUGGGCGCGAGCGCCGACACCGACGUGAGCCUCGAGGCCCGCGUCCAGCCCCUACUGCACACGGCCCUGGCGGCCCGGCCGCUGAGCGUCGACCUGGUCUGGCUGCUGCUCGCGUCGGGCGCGGACCCCAACAAGAGGGCGUUGCGGAACCUGUGGGACCACCGCGAGACCAUCCGCGACACCUGCUCCCACGAGGUCUUGCUCAGGCCCGGCCGUGUGCCCUCCGACGACCGGGCUUAUCUGGAUGCGUUGGACCUCUUGAUUGCCUACGGUUAUGACAUUCACGCGCUGCCUGACGUUUGCGGUCCUGAGGAUCCACGACCGAGGUAUCUGUCUGUGUUCAUGGCGCAGCUGGGGGUUGUUGAAUUGAAGGAGGCUAUUGAUCGAGGUGCCGCUUUACCUGAAAAGGAGCUCGCCCAAGCCGCCGCCGACAGCAGAAACACCGAACUGAUCAAGUACCUCGUCCUCGACCUCGGCCUCAGGGAUGCCAACAUCGACAUGCUCGCGCGCAUGUCGACGUGGCGCAACAUCGCAAAGCCUAGGGAUGGCGGCGGCGGCGGCGGCGGCGGCGGCGGCGGCGGCGGCGGGUGGUGGCUGGGCCGGUGCCUACCAUCGAUUGAACUCUUCCUCGAAACCCUGCCGGAGCACAGGCGCCGGGAGAUGCCCACCGUCCUCUGCGCCGCCGUCGAGGACAACAACGCCGCCUGCGCCCGGUUCUGGCUGGACCGCGGGGUCGACGUGAACGGAGUCGGGGCCCGUGGUAUGACGCCCCUGAUGGAGGCGGCGCUCGUGAGGGCAGACCAAGAUGUUUUCGAGCUACUUCUGGAGAGGGGCGCCGAUGUCAAAGCUCGCGCCCUAAGUGUUCACUUUAACAACAUCGACCGGUACGGAGGUAACCUGGGUGGAUACAACGCCUUACAUAUUGCUCUCGGGGUUGGUCAUAUCCUGCAGCCGGCUCGCCUGAAGCUGCUCCUCAGCGCCGGCGCCGACCCUGAUGCUCGGAGCGACCAAGGAGACACGCCACUGCUUGUCGCUGCCCGCGAGAUCGCCGCCGAGCGGGUCAAUAUCUUUCAUUCCUACACAAUUUCCAGCCUACGCGCCUUUCUCGACGUUGCGAAGGACAUCAACGCCGUCGACAGGCACGGGAAUACGGCACUGCACUUGCUCGCUCAUUCUGCAGAAGAAAAAUUGAAUUGGAGCUACCUGGAGAGGUUUGUUAUGACGCUGGUCCAGCGAGGUAUUGACACCGAGGUCGAGAACGACGACGGCGACACGGCAGGGGACUUGUUUCUGCAACGGCUGGAUGUUUCACUGGAAAGCUGGGUUGAGAAGAGCCGGGAGGACGGCCAGCUCGAGCAGAGCCAAGACGAGACCAUAGAGAAGCGCCCACUGGAGGAUUUCCAGUGCGAGCCGCUGGAGUGGUAGUAACCAGAAUAGAAAGAGAGCAUGCAGACUGUGCAAGCGAGUCAUUCGGCGGUUUGGUUCAAACGUGGCGCAGGCGUGGCUUGCCGGAUCCUUGUGAGUUUCUUUUACCCCCAUUUUCUAUACAUCAUUAGAAGCAUAUAUAUGUAUGCCCAUUCCAU